AUAAGCUUUGUGGAGGAAUUAAAUAAUUAAUAUUGCCUGUAUGCCCUGCGAAAGUCUUAGAGAAAAUGAGAAAACCCAUCAACCAUAGAGUGAUAAUACCUCUAGUAACUACUUUGGUUAUAGUUCUAUUAUUACUCAGCCUCUUAGUGAUUUUUUAUCAAGUUAGAAGGUCUAGACAACAAUCCUCUUUGACAUCACCUUUGCAAAACAAGUAUCCAAAACUAUCUUAUGCAGAAUUUCUUCAAGCAACCAAUGGGUUCUCUUUGGCCAACUUGAUCGGUGAGGGAAGGUAUGGUUCUGUUUUCAAGGGGAUUCUCAACUCUGGUGAACAAAUUGUUGCUGUGAAGGUGCUCAACCUUCUACAACGUGGAGCCAACAUGAGUUUCAUGGAUGAAUGUGAAGUAUUAAGGAACAUUCGCCAUCAAAAUCUCGUUAAGAUCAUAACAUUGUGCUCAAGCAUAGAUUUUAAAGGCAACGAUUUCAAGGCUUUGGUUUUCGAGUUCAUGUCAAAUGGGAUUUUAGAGAGUCGGUUACACCAAAGUCUUUCUAACCAGCAAGACCCAAAGAAUUUGAACCUUGUUCAAAGUCUAAACAUAGCCAUUGAUGUAGCUUCUGCUUUAGAUUAUCUUCAUCAUCAUUGUGAAACUACUAUCAUUCAUUGUGAUUUAAAGCCAAGCAAUAAUCUUCUUGAUGAUGACUUAUGUGCCCAUGUUGGUGAUUUUGGCCUCGCAAGAAUUCUCUCGGCUACUACAAAUAUAUCCACUUAUCAACAAUCGAAUUCAAUUUGGAUUCGAGGAACAAUUUGA